AUGGCGGCAUCUGGCAGAAGAAACGGAUUAACAAUGGCGACGCAGCUCAUCAGAACCCUAACCACACCAUCCAAUUCUCGAAGCUUUACCGGCGUCGUCAGCACCGAGGUCAUCACCUCCCACACCCAAAAAUGGAUGCAGGAUACAAGUAAAAAGUCUCCGAUGGAGUUGAUCAAUGAAGUACCACCAAUCAAAGUGCAAGACAGGAUUGUUGCUUGUGAAGGAGAUAAUAACCCAGCACUUGGGCAUCCAAUCGAGUUCAUAUGUCUCGACAAGGCAGAGCCAGCUGUCUGCAAGUACUGUGGCCUGCGCUAUGUGCAAGACCAUCAUCAUUAA